AUGGCGCUGAAGCUGACUCCGCUCAAAGACCUUCGUGUCUUGAAACACCAAAUCCCAUCGCAUGGUCUAACACCCAACACAUCAAUUCAAAAUAAGCCGCUCCUGCUCUACAAAUCUGCCUUCCCGAGGAGUACAACAGCCUCGGAAAUCGAGUCCCAUCUCUCGUCCAUCGGAGUUGCGACACCGCAAUGGCGAUACACAAUGUACUCGACCUCUCACUUCCACUCCACUUCGCACGAAGUCCUCUCCAUCUCCCAUGGCAAGGCUAGAUUAUGCUUCGGCCACGAGGAUAAUGCGUCGAAGGUCGAGACUGAAGUUGAGAAGGGAGAUGUGAUCGUCGUACCGGCUGGUGUAGCGCAUAGGCUGGUGGAGGAGGAUCUAAGUGGUGGGUUUGAGAUGGUUGGAAGCUAUCCCACAGGCUGUAAUUGCGAUAUGUGCUAUGGGAAGAAGGGGGAGGAAGGGCGGGUUGAGAAGAUCAAGACUCUGGGAUGGUUUGUUGGAGAUCCGAUUUAUGGGGAUGAAGGACCGGUAUUAGAUGUCUGAGACGUUCUUGAGAUAGUAUGCAGACGAUGCGUAGCUCUAGCAAGAUAGUGUAGGCGUGCGUACAGGGAAGGAGGGAGGAAGCUGC